CGGGUGGGGUGAGGCGGUGCUGGGCUCAGGCUCUGCUCCACCGGCGGAAGAGGCGGCGGCGGCAGGAGCGGCGGCAGCGGUGGCAGGAGCCAAGAAGCAGGCUCCAGACGCUGCUUAGGAACCGGGGACCCAGGAGUGCCCGCACCCUGAGCUCUCAGCUCCGGAGGCGUCAUGGCAGAGUACGGCACUCUCCUUCAGGACCUGACCAACAACAUUACCCUUGAAGAUCUGGAACAGCUCAAGUCAGCCUGCAAGGAGGAUAUCCCCAGCGAGAAGAGUGAAGAGAUCACUACAGGCAGUGCCUGGUUUAGCUUCCUGGAGAGCCACAACAAGCUGGACAAAGACAACCUCUCCUACAUUGAGCACAUCUUUGAGAUAUCCCGUCGUCCUGACCUACUCACUAUGGUGGUUGACUACAGAACCCGUGUGCUGAAGAUCUCAGAGGAGGAUGAACUGGACACCAAGCUAACCCGUAUCCCCAGUGCCAAGAAGUACAAAGACAUUAUCCGGCAGCCCUCUGAGGAAGAAAUCAUCAAAUUGGCUCCCCCACCAAAGAAGGCCUGAGCAAGGGGGAGGAAGAGGAGGAAGGUUGGAUCUUCAUCAGACCACUCCCUUCCCCAUCCUCAAUGGGAGGGGCCAGGGCAACCCCCUGCCCCACACCCACUUACUAACUUGGUCCUAACCCCCUUACUAUGCGCGUGUGUGUGCGCGUGUUCACACGCUCUGGCUGUCUGUCUGUCUAGCUCAUCUAGUUCCUCCUCCUCAUGAGGGGACUGGAGCCAGGGGAGGGGGGGUUUAAUUUCCCCACUAUAGGGGGAGGUGGAAGUUACUUCUAUGUAAACAGAAACGGGCACAUUCCUCCUCCUCCCCUUCCCUCCACUCUUCCCCCACAUCUUUAAAGUAUGGAAGCAGAAAGGACCUGCAUUUUCCUACACUGAGGAGCUAAGGUGAAGAUGAGGUAUGGGAGAUAUGGUUAGAGUUAAAGAAAACCAAUGGGGAAGGAAGACAAGAGGCUACCCAACCUCUACCUGGAAGGGGAAAGAAAAGCCAGAAUUCAGUGUUUGUAGAUCUAUGCUGGACUGGCUAGAAUCCAGUUUCCUGCUAUUCCUUAGGCCGAAGUCCUAAGGGCCAAUAGGCCGUCUUUUAUGCCCUUGUCAUGGGCCUGGGAUGGGUAUGAGCCAGAAAUCUUAAUGAGAAGACCAGUAGGAUCCUUUCCUGGCCCCCAAAAAUCAAACCCCAUGGUGAAGCCAGCAUUUGAUGCCCCCAACUUCUGCUGUGGAGAGACUAUGCUGGGACCAUGCACUACUGAGCCUGAGAUAGGGAUGCAGGCAGAGACAGGCCCAACUUCUACUCCUUUACACCUAAAUACAGACUGUUGAAUAUACUGACCCUAAACCUAAGGCCGUUGGGGAAUGAGAUCUAUAGGUUUUAUCCUCAACCUGCAUUCCCUACAGUGUCCCAAUAUGGAUAUUGUAGGCAACCUCUACACUCUCCAGUUUAGAAUACCCCAAGCAAGCAAGAAGUUACUUAUAGUGGUUUCCUUUGCACCUAGUAUCACCCCAAUUCAAUACAGGAAGGGACUUGGUAACCUUUCUCAUUUGGGUUUGUGGAUGCCUCCAAGCCAAGUCAUUAGAGUACAGUGAGUGAACCCAGCCUCCUACCUGUCCCAAGAUGCCCUUCCCCAUUUUGACCGUGCUAACUGUGUGUACAUAUAUAUUCUACAUAUAUGUAUAUUAAACCCGCACUGCCAUGUC